GUAUCGAUCAUCUUGCAAAACAAGAAAUUGUUGUGGUGGAGAAAGAUGAAGCGGGGCCAAGUAGCAGUAGUAGAACAAGUUGAUUACCAACCAAGCCUAAAGGUCUUUUUCCCACAACGAAGAAGAUCAAAUCAUUUGCAGAAUACAAAAAAGGCAAAGGAAAGCAAUGGAAAAAAUCUGCGUCGCCAAAAAAUUCUGAUGAAGACAAACUUCAAGUCGCCAACUCAAAAGAACGUGAUGUGUGCAUCAGCAUUGGUCUGCUAGAAUGGAAUAUUAAGGAGAGUAUUCUCAAACCAAAAAGGGGUAAGAAAUUAGUGCUUCGUGUAUCCAACAAGGCUAACUACAAAACAGUUUGUAGUCAAGCCGUUGAGAAAUGGAAAGCAUUUUACUCUCACUUGUACUCCGAAAGCGAUGACUAUGUUCUGCUGUAUGAGAAUGGGGAAGAGGCCCUCUUUCUGCCUGGAUCCACAAAAGAGUUCUUUAGCUUAGAAAGAUAUCAAGAAGAAUUGGGAAAAGAUUAUAACAGAAUUACGUUAUGUCUGUGCACAUCUUUCGACUACAUUAUUUCUCAGGGCAUUGACAGUGACAAUGAAAAUGCUUUGCUUAACUGUGAUAUUCCUGAUGACCAUGGUACAAGCAUUGAACCGCAUGUACAUCCAACUCCAAAACGCUUAAAAGUUGAUGUAGCUGAAAACAACAAACAAGAAGAUUUUCAAAUCCAAAACGAUGAGAAAUUCGCCAUUGAGCUUCAGCAACAAUUUGAGGAAGAAGUGGAAAGUGAGAUCAACAUAUUGACGGGGAAGAUAGCAUACCAGUGGUAGAAGAUAGCAUACGAGUGGUAGAAGAUAGCAUACAAGUGGUAGAAGAUAAAUCUGAAGAAACCAAAGAAGAAUUCAUUCAUCAAGCAUCAGUCAUAGAACACCUGGAAAAGAAGACUGACAAUUCUAGUCAAUUCUUCAUUGUCUUUAGAAGGAAAGUACCUUUUCAAAGGGUACUUUCCCUGUGGCAACGUGCCACAAAAAAAUCUUCACCUACACAGAGACUAACUGUUAAAUAUGUUGGCGAAGAUGGGAUAGACACUGGGGCACUUGCAAGAGAAUUUCUUACAGACUGUAUGGAUAAUAUGCGCUCUGCUAUGUUUCCUGAUGGGUGCCCCGUUGACUCCACAUACCACAUUCAGAAUGGCAAUUUCCGUACGUGUGAACAGAUAGCUGCUGUGAGUCUAGCACAAGGAGGUCCGAGUCCAUCCCUUUUUGAAGAAUGUGUUUAUGACACCCUUGUCAAUCCAGAUAUUGAUAUGAUGAAACUAAACAUAGAUCAACAUCUUACCAAGAGUGAAAAGGAAUUAGUCAAUAAAAUUAGAAAUGACAUCAAAGGUAAUCAAGACAAAAUAUUAGACUAUGGGUACACAGGUGUAAUCGAUGAUGGCCAUGUGGAUGAAAUAGUUCGAUCUAUUGUUGUUAGUCUUGUUAACAAGAGAGUAUUGUACCUUAAAGAAUUCAUGCAAGGCCUUGCACUAUAUGGCAUCGACGAGCUACUAAAGAAAGCUCCUGGUUUAUGCAAGUAUUACUUUGUUCAAGGGUUAAUUCAAGACAAUAUUGAUGCAAAUUAUCUUUUCUCCUGCAUGUAG